AUGAGCGAGCUGCGGCUGCGGCCCGGGGUGGCGGCGCCGCCGGACGCCGACGAGAAGGAGUCAGAGUCGGAAAACAAGCUCGAUGGGGAGACAGCGUCUGACAGCGAGAGCAAGUCUGAAUUCGGAGGCUCGGCCCCGAUGCUCACGUCUGACGACACUCCGGAGGUCCUGAACAGGGCCCUCUCCAACCUGUCCUCAAGAUGGAAGAAUUGGUGGGUGAGAGGCAUCCUCACACUGGCGAUGAUCACCUUCUUCUUCAUCAUCAUCUACUUGGGGCCCAUGGUGUUAAUGAUGAUAGUGAUGUGCGUCCAGAUCAAGUGUUUCCAUGAGAUUAUCACUAUUGGCUAUAACGUGUAUCACUCAUAUGACCUGCCCUGGUUCAGGACCCUCAGCUGGUACUUCCUGCUCUGCGUAAACUACUUCUUUUACGGCGAGACUGUCACAGAUUAUUUCUUCACCCUCGUUCAGAGAGAGGAGCCGUUGCGAAUUCUCAGCAAAUACCACCGCUUCAUUUCUUUUGCUCUCUACUUGACAGGUUUUUGCAUGUUUGUCCUGAGUCUGGUGAAGAAACACUAUCGCCUCCAGUUCUACAUGUUUGGAUGGACCCAUGUGACAUUGCUGAUCGUUGUUACCCAGUCACACCUCAUCAUUCACAACCUCUUUGAAGGAAUGAUAUGGUUCAUCGUCCCAAUUUCCUGCGUGAUCUGCAACGACAUCAUGGCCUAUAUGUUUGGGUUCUUCUUUGGCCGCACGCCGCUCAUCAAGCUCUCCCCAAAGAAGACCUGGGAAGGUUUUAUCGGAGGGUUUUUUGCCACCGUUUUGUUUGGAUUGCUGCUCUCGUACGUGAUGUCUGGCUACCGGUGCUUCACCUGCCCGGUGGAGUUCAACAAUGACACCAACAGCUUCACGGUGGACUGUGAGCCGUCUGAGUUGUUCCAGCUGCAGGAGUACAAAAUCCCCGCAGUGCUGCAGUCCGUGCUCGGCUGGAAGACGGUCCGGAUGUAUCCCUUCCAAAUCCACAGCAUUGCCCUGUCCACUUUUGCCUCCCUCAUUGGGCCUUUUGGAGGCUUCUUUGCGAGUGGAUUUAAGAGGGCCUUCAAGAUCAAGGACUUUGCCAACACAAUCCCAGGCCACGGGGGAAUCAUGGACCGCUUUGACUGUCAGUACCUGAUGGCCACCUUCGUUAACGUGUACAUCGCCAGCUUUAUCAGAGGCCCAAACCCGAGCAAGCUGAUCCAGCAGUUCCUAACGCUGCGGCCCGACCAGCAGCUGCACAUCUUCAACACGCUCAAGGCGCACCUUGUCGACAAGGGUAUGUUAGGGGGCUUGGAGGACGCCUAGACGUCCAGGCAGUUGGAACUGAACUGAGAACCAGGCGAGUCUCCCUGAGGAAAUUCCUGGCUUUUGCCUGAUUUAAGACAAUAACAAGGCCUCAUUUCACUGUAACUUUUCUUCCUUUCUUGGUAAAUGUUUGCUUUUUUUUUUUUUUAUGUAAUAUAUUUAUAUAGCUUUGGUUAAAAUGAACAACUCUUGAGUUUGUAGCUGCAAAGGAGUUAGGGCUUGGAAGGACGGUUGGGUGAAAUAGGAUGGUCCAGUUGGACCUGGUCUUUGGUUCGAUACCUGUGGGCAGAGCUGGGCUUUUCCUCCGAGUGUUGCUCGCGCAGGGACACAACCUCCCCAUUUGCUGGAGCCUCGCGGCUCCCCGGCCUCCUUCCUCCUCUCUUGGCGGUUGGAUCCGUCACCAUUCCUGACAGGAGCUCCGGGGACCCACGUUCUCUCCUGGUCUCCCAUAUUCACCCUUAUGGGGGGUGUUUUGGGAAAUUUUAACCAUCAAAACUCCAAACUGGUUACAGGAAAGGUUUUGCAUGGGGUCAAGGAGCCAAGAACACAGUGGUUGCUGUAGGAACAUGGGAAGUUCAAAUUGCCUCAAAACUGAACCAGGUAAAAAGGUAUUUGAAAGAACGAAGUUUCACUGAGUAGCUCCUACCAAGCAAGAACAACCAUUUAAAUAACUUGGCUCUUUUUUUUUUUUCCCUCCCCAUGUAAUCUUUAAGAAAACAACAUUGAACCACACUUCCCAUCUUGAUGGUUGGAACCCCAGUGAUGCUUUAGCUCCUGUGGAGAGCUGGUUUCCAACAGAGUUUUUUGUCUGACUGUGGCAACUUGGGGCUCUGGCACUUGCCGGCACUGUCGGUUGUUGUAUUUUUUCUUUCAGGGAUCAUGUCUCUCACCUGUUUGUUACUUGAGUUCUAGGUGUCAUGCUGCUGAGUUUAUCAUGGUCUGCGUUGCAGUUCAGCCUGGCCUUGGUUACCAGCAGGCUGCUGCCCUGCUUUGCUUCUUAAAUCUCAUCCUAACUAGGUUGCACUCAAUAGUUGGAAGUUUUAUCUGAGUACUUUCCUUUAUUUUGUCAUGCUUUCUUUUUUAUUAUUUAAAAAUGAGCGCCCUAAAGAUUGUAAACCUUUUUUUUUGGUGAUCAGGUAGUGAAAAUAUCCCAAGUUUAUACUAGCUCCUACGCAGUAUUCCCAUGUCCAAGGUGAUUCUGAUUUUACUCCUUUCUAUAGCUUGUGCAGGGGAGAGAGAAAUUUUUCCUUAUUUUAACCUGGUGAGUGAGUGUCAGGGAAAGGUGAUACCGACUAAAUACACUGGUGUUUUCAAGCAGUUGCUGUCAUAAACCUUUCACGCGUACCCAGCAACACAUGCACCCACAAGCUUGCUCAGUGUCGAUGCAAAAUAAAACGCCUGAAAAUAUUUCAUGCUUCGUGCUCCAUAUUCCGACUCUGCCGUUGCUUUUGUUCCCCUGGAGAGCGCGAGCGCGUGUGAGUGUUUGCACAGGUGCCAUCUCUGUCUCAUUUCUAUAUGACCCUUCGUGUGUUGCAAGAGCUGCUUCAGCUUCUGGGCCCUGCGGAGCACAUGUGUGCAUCCAUUGCACUGCAGAUACAAGAGUCUGCUCAAACGUAGGUUUUUGGGUGUGAUUUGCAGCGAUCUGAGUAAAGCUGGGCAAAGUGAGGCCUGGGGAUGCGGGUGGGGAGUCCCGGGAUGGAGAAUGCAUGUGGAAAUGACAGAGUUUUUGGCAGGAGUCGAAAGGAGUCUGUCCCUCAUACUGUGCUGGCAGGUCCUAAGUCAGAAGAAGCUGUAAAUACGAAAAAACAUCUUUAUAGCAGAGCAUUUUUCCUGCAUCUCUUCCGUGUGCUGCUGCUCUUGCUUUACAUUUUCUGCAUUUCUUAUGAGUUGUAGUUAAUAAGGCAGCACAAAGCACUGUGUGCUUUGAUCUGAAGUGAAAGGUGGCCUUGUGCAGCGGUGCAGUGCUGUCUGCGGACACUGGAGGGCAAAGCAGCUGCGUGCGGUGGYGUGUGGGGGCCGAGAGCAGGAGGUGGCAGGGACUUUCGCCAGGAGCCUGCAGCUAUUUGCUUUUCUUUCUGCUUCCUUCCUAGCAGCGAAGAGCAAAGUCACGUGCACAGGGUUUAGCAUCCCGCGCCCAUGUUCGCUGAACUUCCUUGCUCCGAUGUUGCAUUUCUUUGCGUUUCCUUGUGCCUUGCAAACACUUGACCUUGCUGUUGUCCCAGGAUGGUWGGUUUGGAGAGAGAUCCUCCUGCCCGGGAGGGAAAAUUAAGUGUUGCAUGACGGAAAUGAAGCAUUGGAAAGAAUGGAGAGGGACCAGGUGCUAGGAAGCUACUUCUGUAGAACAUGGCAAGCUGGCUGUCCUGGUGAAGCGGCACUGGAUGUUGAUGGUAGA